AAACGUUUCCGAGAAAAAACCGCGUGACAGACAAACAGGCGGACAUACAGAGAUACAGUAAACCGAUUUUGAUAAGGUUUUGUUUUACGCAAAACCUUAGAAAUAUAAUAUGAAUUUAUUUCGUUACCAUGGGAACUAUUAUUGUUGGAAUUUGAAUGUUAAAUUCUUACAACGUUAGAAGGUCUGAUAUCGAACAAACGGUGCAGGUUCGCUUCGAUGUUUAGUGAAAAAGACUAACGAAAUGGAAGAAAAUAUGGAAAAAAAGAAAGAAGGAAUGCAACCAAAGAAAAAAAGUGGGAAAGAUUCAGAUACCGAACCACAACUACUAAGCAUUGGGGCCUUCAAUAAUCGCGGUGAAAUUUCCGACCCAAUAAUACCAUGCACUGCAGCUUGCAUCGAUCCUGCGUAUAUAAUAGAUACGAAUAUAAGACGGCGGCUGCGAAGGUUCCUGGUGAAAACGGAUGUGCUUAAGUUGCGUGAUAUAACCCGUACGAAAUUCUUUCUGUACACUAAUCAGGAGUUAGCAUUAGAAGAGCAAGAUAUCGCAUUGUAUAAUCAAAGAGUCUACGAGGGCAUCCUGGAGGUCUGUAAAUUUGCUUCUCGGAAGUUAUCUGAAGUGGAAUCAAGUGCUUUCGAUGACAUGCAAUAUAAAUAUAAUGACCUGGCUGGAAUUCGAGCCAACAAAAAACUUGACGUGAGGAAGCUUAAAUUGGAGAUUAAACACCAGAAACUUUACAUACGAAUUUUUCAUAUUUACCAGCAAUUUCGGUAUCUUCUGAAGUUAAUUGAAUACUUUGACCAUGUUAGUGACACUUGUGACGAUAUUUCAACCCGAGGAAUGACCACAUUGCUCGAUUCGACACCAAUGAAGCAUGGAUCAUAUGAAACAAAAACGCUGGAAGCAGCGAUGGAUCAAUUUAUUCGACCAUGUCUCCUGCAAAAGACUUAUAUGGACCCCUCCGUUUGGGAACGGAGCUACCAGACAAUUAGACGAAAAAUUGCCAACUAUAACCAGGACUUAACGAAAAUUGCAUUGUCGAGUCAUUAUACGGGAAUAGUGCAUGAUGCAUUUAUAAAGUCCAAUGUAAAGGGUUUGACUCGGAAAGGUUUUUAUAAGGACAUACAACUUAUAAAUGAUCGGUCGCACUUUCUGAAAGGAGCCACUGAAGAACUUAUAGAGAGUUUCGAACGUAAUGAAAGAAAGGACUCUUUGAACGUGGCCCUUGAAGGAAUUGUGCCGGUCAUGGUUCAUAAAUUAGAGUUGGAUACGAAACCGAUGGACAUAUCUCAUCCAGCAGAUCAAAGUACAAUAGACAAAUUAGAACGAAUCCAGAAGCAUCUUAUACAUCUUCUAUAUCAAGUGGACUCCCACGAGCCAACACUUUGCUAUCAGGUUGAAAAAACUGUUCGAGAGCAGAUUUGUACUCAACAAACUCAAUCCAAGGAAGCACUGCUGCUGCAAACUCGAUUUAAUAACCUGUUGGAACAUUAUCGAUCGCAUUACCGUAAAAAAAAUAUAAACCGGGCAAAUAUAAUACGCUCGUCGAGAAAUUUAUUCAAAUUGAUUCGACGUAGCCCAAAAAUUGCUCCUCAACAUACAGCAUCAGCUGCAAUGCCAAGGAAAGUCAGCAGUAGUUAAUUUAAAACGGAAAAUGGUAUUUUGCAGAUUUAUUUACUCUUAUUUCCCAAAGAAAAUAAAAAUUCGUCAAAAAAUUAUUAC